UGCGUUUGUGAUGCGUUUUUGUAUAUUACGGGAAUUCCGCGGCAUUGAGUUGGUAAGUGUUUUGAGGAGCAAAGAGUUUGUGAAGAAGUAGAAGUCGAAGAAAAGAAAGCAAGCAAAAAAAAGGAGGAAGAAAAAUGUCUGCAAGUGGAAAGCGAAAGGGCGAUGAAGAUGACGUAUCCGAAGGAGAUGCUCCUCCUUCCAAAACAUUCAAGAAAGAUUCUGACGAUACCGAUGAAAUCGUUGUUUGCGAGCUUUCAAAGAACCGUAGGGUUAUGGUCAGGAACUGGCAAGGAAAGAUUGUUGUCGAUAUUCGCGAGUUUUAUGUCAAAGAUGGCAAGCAGAUGCCUGGAAAGAAAGAAAAAAAGAAUAAUCUUCUGCUUUCUGUAAUGGCGGUCUUCUGCAGUGGAACGUUCUUCUAAAUCACGUAGAAGAAAUUGACAAGGCUGUUAAUGAAAACUCGUCAGGAGAUUAGAACAUGCAUCUUUUGUUGAUAUGUGUAGCAAGUGUAUUGCUCCGUAGGGUUAAGGACGAAACUGUGACCUUUUGUACAGCCAAUGGGCUUGUUUUUGGUGGAAAUGAACACUAGAGAGCAGGCAUAUUAGCAUUUAUGUAUACAUUAUCACUGGAUCAAUAUUUUGAGUUGUAGACCAGAGACAUUAUAUUAUUAUAAUAUAGUAUGGGCUAACAGAAAAUAUUACUACUCUCAA